AUGCUUUAUAAACUUGGCGACAAGCGAAAAGCGAAAGAGUAUGUUGAGAGGGCCCUUGCCAUAACAACCGAAAUUGGUGACAGGAGCGGAGAAGCAUCCUGUUACGAAGACCUUGGAGUGUUGCUUCAGUCGUUCGGUGAAUGUAACAAGGCUAAAGAGUAUCUCCAAAAAGCGCUUGCCAUCAGAACUGAAAUUGGCGACAGGAAAGGAGAGGCAGCUGACUAUGGAAACCUAGGUACUGUGUUUCUGUCGCACGGCCAAUACGACAAGGCUAAAGAGUAUCUCCGAAAAGCGCUUGACAUCAGAACUGAAAUUGGCGACAGUGAAGGAGAGGCAGCUGACUACGAAAACCUAUGUACUGUCUCUCUGUCGCUCGGCCACUGCGACAAAGCGAAAGAGUAUCUCCAGAAAGCACUUGCCAUCAGAAUUAAAAUUGGUGACAGACAAGGGGAAGCAUCAUGUUAUGGAAACGUAGGUGGUGUGUUUCAAUCACUCGGGCAAUACGACAAGGCUAAAGAGUACCUUCAAAAAGCGCUUGGAAUCAGAACUGAAAUUGGCGACAGCGAAGGAGAGGCAUCUGACUACGGAAACCUGGGUACUAUGUUUAAGUUGCUCAGGCAAUACGACAAGGCGAAAGAGUAUCUCCAAAAAGCGCUCGUCAUCACAACCGAAAUUGGCGACAGAAGAGGGGAAGCAUCCUGUUAUGGAAACCUAAGUAGAGUCUUUCAGUCGCUCUGGCAAUACGACAAGGCUAAAGAGUAUCUCCAGAAAGCGCUUGUCAUCAGAACUGAAAUUGGCGACAGAGAAGGAGAGGCAUCUGACUACGGAAGCCUGGGUACUAUGUUUAAGUCGUUCGGGCAAUACGACAAGGCUGAAGUGUAUCUCCAGAAGGCGCUUGUCAUCACAACUGAAAUUGGCCACAGAAAAGGGGAAGCAUUAUGUUAUGCAAACUUAGGUACUGUGUUUCGGUCGCUCGGGCAAUACAACAAGGCUGAAGAGUAUCUCCAGAAAGCACUUGACAUCAGAACUGAAACCGGCGACAGAAGAGGGGAAGCAUCAUGUUAUGGAAACCUAAGUACUGUCUUUCAGUCGCUCGGGCAAUACAAAAAGGCUAAAGAGUAUCUCCAGAAAGCGCUUGUCAUCAGAACUGAAAUUGGCGACAGAAAAGGAAAAGCAUCAUGUUAUGGAAACCUAGGUACUGUUUUUCUGUCGCUGGGAGAAUAUGACAAGGCUCAAGAGUAUCUCCAAAAAGCUCUUGGCAUCAGAACUGAAACUGGCGACAGAAGAGGGGAAGCAUCAUGUUAUGGAAACCUAAGUAGUGUGUUUCUGUCGCUUAGGCAAUACGACAAGGCUAAAGAGUAUCUCCAGAAAGCGCUUAUCAUCAGAACUGAAAUUGGCGACAGAAAAGGAGAAGCAUCAUGUUAUGGAAACCUAAGUAGUGUGUUUCUGUUGCUCGGGCAAUACGACGAGGCUAAAGAGUCUCUCCAUAAAGCACUUGGCAUCAGAACAGAAACUGGUGACAGAAGAGGGGAAGCAUCAUGUUAUGGAAACCUUAGUAGUCUUUCUCAGUCGCUCGGGCAAUAUGACAAGGCUAAAGAGUAUCUCCAGAAAGCGCUUGUCAUCAGAACUGAAAUUGGCGACAGAGAAGGAGAGGCAUCUGACUACGGAAACCUGGGUACUUUGUUUGAGUCGCUCGGGCAAUACAACAAGGCUAAAGAGUAUCUACAGAAAGCACUUGUUAUCACAACUGAAAUUGGCCACAGAAAAGGGGAAGCAUUAUGUUAUGGAAACCUAGGUACUGUGUUUUGGUUGCUCGGGCAAUAUGACAAGGCGAAAGACUAUCUCCAAAAAGCGCUUGGCAUCAGAACUGAGACUGGCGACAGAAGGGGGGAAGCAUCGUGUUAUGCACACCUUGGUACUUUGUUUCUUUCGCUCGGGCAAUACGACAAGGCUAAAGAGUAUCUCCAGAAAGCGAUUGUCAUCAGAACUGAAAUUGGCGACAGGAAAGGGGAGGCGUCAUGUUAUGGAAACCUAGGUACUGUGUUUCUGUUACUCAGGCAAUACGAUAAGGCUAAAGAGUAUCUCCAAAAAGCUGUUGGCAACAGAGAAAGAGAGGCAACGGACUAUGGAAAUCUUGGUACUGUUUUAUAGUCGGUAGGGCAAUAGAACAGGGCUGAGGAGUAUCUCCAGAAAACGCUUGUGAACAGAACUGAAAUUGGCGACAGAAGAGGGGAAGCAUCAUGGUAUUGAAACGUAGGUCCUGUGUUUCUGUUACUCAGGCAAUACGACAAGACUAAAGAGUAUCUCCAUAAAGUGCUUGCCAUCAGAACUGAGAUUGGCGGCAGAAAAGGGGAAGCAUCAUGUUAUGGAAGCCUAGGUACUGUUUUUCUGUCACUGGGGGAAUACGACUAAGCUAAAGAUUACCUCCAAAAAGUGCUUGGCAUCAGAACUGAAAUUGGCACAGCGAAAGGGAAGCAUCUGACCAUGGAAACUUGGUUACUAUGUUUAAGUGGCUAAGGCAGUACAACAAGGCUACAGAGUAUCUCCAAAAAGCGCUUGUCAUCACAACCGAAAUUGGCGACAAAAAAGGGAAGCAUCAUGUUAUGGAAACCUAGCUACUGUGUUUCGGUCGCUCUGGCAAUACGACAAGGCUAAAGAGUAUCUCCAGAAAGCGCUUGUCAUCAGAACUGAAAUUGAUGACAGAGAAGGAGAGGCAUCUGACUACGGAAAUCUUGGUACUGUGUUUCUGUCGCUCGGGCAAUACAACAAGGCUAAAGAGUAU